AUGGCUCCUUUCAGAAGUCAAAACGGCCUCCGGCGAACCCAGAUACUGGCCAAUCAAGAUUUACUCGCGGAUCGACACCAUUCAACUUGCGAUGCAGGAACUACGUACUCUGUGAGACUGUGUGGGAUGGCAAUGCACUGUCCCACCUGGAGGCUGUCCAAGGAGAGUCGCAUGGGCCUGCUGAGACAGCCGCGCUGUCAAAUCAUGACUGUAGCAGGGAGCCGGAAGACCAAAAGCAAAAAACAACAAAAAAAAAAAACAAAAACAAAAACUGUAACCGGCCAAGAAAAGGCGCUUCUGAUGCCUCCUAACAACAAUACACUGUACACCUGGGGUUCUCGCGAAUUCUGA